UUAGUCUCAGCCUCAGACGUCACGCCCACGGAACGUUGGCUAAACGUCUGAUGCAUAUGGUACACUUAACUGGAAACACUUCAGGAAUGUCGAAGUCGUCAUCUGAUUGGUUGAAUUUUAUCGGAUUUCCGGGGGGCGCGAGUGUCGCGUUUGUUUUCGGUCCGCCGGGAAACAGCGCAGACGUGUGAUUGCGGAAGAAAAACUGUUGUGUUUACAUGAGUGACAAUGAGCAUUUAUCAAGAUCAGCUGAACGUAGGAUUCUCAAAAGUAUGCGAGGUUCACGGCAUAGACUCUUUAAGAGAUGUCCAGGAGUUUUGUUUGAGGCACUUAGUGGAGACAAAAAGAGAUAUUUUAGCCUGUUUGCCGACGGGAUUUGGGAAGAGUAUUAUUUUCCAAGCCUGGCCGACCCUUUGUCAGCAUUUAGAAGGAUUCCCAGCAGAUCCAAUUUUACUAGUUGUGUGUCCCCUCCUAUCUAUUAUGGAAGAUCAAGUGAAGUACCUAACUGCGAAGGGGAUAUCAGCCGCGUUUGCGGGCAAAAAUGAAACAACAGACGCGGACAUCGCAGCUGGUCGAUUCAGUAUUGUGUUCGGUUCUCCAGAAUUGCUUGUGGGUGUUAAAAAGUGGAGAGAUAUGCUUCAAACAGAUGUUUACCGCGAGCGUCUCAUCGGUAUGGCUGUUGAUGAAGUGCACACCAUUGUUCAAUGGGGGGAACGCCAUGGCAGUGAUGCUCCAUUCAGAAAGUGGUGUGGUUUGGUUGGUGAGCUCAGAUCACUCCUGCCUAUCUCCUUACCAGUGCUGGCCCUAACUGCUACAGCAUCUUUGACAACACGCAAGAAAAUAAUGAAGCUCUUAGGACUACAGAAGUGCUUAGAAGUUGUCAGAAGCCCUGAUCGGAGCAACAUCAGACUUGCAGUUAAAAAAGUGUCUUCUGAUGUAACUAAUACAUUUUCUUGGCUUAUCAACGAACUCAUGGUAAAGGGCCCACAGACUGCACGUACUGUCAUUUACUGCAAAUCUAUAUCUGACUGUUCAAUGCUGUUCCAUGAUGUGUUCCUUGCCUCCCUUGGACAAAGAUCAGUUCACCCACCUGGCACUAGCAAUGUGUCAUCUAACAGAGUUGUUGACAUGUUUCAUUCAAUGACAUCAGACAGUGUCAAAAACAACAUAAUUCAGACUCUCAGAGACCCUCAGUCUGUCCUCAGAGUGGUGAUAGCAACGUCAGCUUUGGGCAUGGGAGUUGAUUUGAAAAAUGUACAACACGUAGUUCAGUAUGGGCCACCAAAAGACAUCGAAUCAUACAUGCAAGCAUUUGGGAGAGCAGGGAGAGAUGGCUCUAUGUCCCAUUCCCUCAUUCUUUACCAUGGAAAGCAGCUUAUAGGCAUUUCAGAGAAAAUGCGUGAGUAUGUCAGUAAUGUCGCUUCUUGCAGAAGAACACAACUAAUGAACUUGUUUGAUGGGGAGGUUGUACAGCCACUUGCAGUAAGCAUGCUUGUUGUGACAAUUGUGCGAAAAUGUGUCAGUGCAAGGAAAUUUGUGAUGGUAAUGCCAGUGACCUGGAACUUCAUGCUGCAAAGCCAAUUGCACACAAAGUGAGAACUGUCAGCAAUCAUCAAAGGGAAUCUCUCCGUCAGAUGUUGAUGGACAGGCUUGAGGGAGACGUGGAUAAUGGACUAUGUGGAAAGAUUUCAGUUUACCACACAUUGCAGGAACACUUCUCAACGAAAGACCCAAUGAUUAAUGAGACACUACAGUCAUGUGAGACACUGUUUUGCAUUGAUGACAUAAUUUGCCAAGUUCAUGUGUACGAUUUCAAUCAUGCCAAGAUCAUUCUUGAAACUGUGAUGGAGGUUUUUGGAGACUGUGAAUCAGACAUGGACAGUAACAGUUUUGAUGACAGUGUCAAUGUCUUUGAAUUUGAUGCGAUGUCAUUACAUGACUGAAUUAAGUCUCAGUUAUAUGGCACAUG